AAUUUAACCUCCAUUUACACCUCCACCUACACUCUUUUAUUCUCUCUCUGCAAGUCUCUUUCGCCGAUGCCCAUACCGAGCAGAACAGAGUCCGGCCCAAAAAGCCUAUAGAGAGCAUCCUUCGUUCCAUUCCUUCCCGCCGGCGCUGAGAGCCAGGUAUCUCAUCAGAAAGCCUAGAGCGGUUCUACCAUGGGUGAUUUUAGUAUUCAGAUUAGCACCAAUUUGGUUAAUAAGCUUGCUGAUGACACUGAGAAAUCAAAGAAGAAAACCAGAAGAACUAAACCUAAGGUACCCCGAGAGCCUCAGCAGCCCCAACCGAAAAUAAACCAAAAGACGGUUUCUGCUGAUUCUGAACCAUUCAAAGGGUCAAGUGCUAAAGGAUGGCCUAUCCAGCCUCCUCUAUACAUGCCCGUACCCCCUCCUUCAGAGUCUACCAAUGCAGACUUGGACGCAAUCAGAUCUGUUCUCCAACAGAGUGAGAAAGUCGUGGAGCGUUUGAAGAAGCAGGAGGAGAACAUGGCACAGGAGGUGACACAAAGAGCAAAGGAGCUUCGUGACAAGGAGUUCAAGCUCCCAUACCAGAAGCCUAUGCCUUGCUUAGCUGAGAAAGAUGCUUGCGUGGAUUGCUACAAGGAGCAUGGGAAGGAGGAUCCUCUCAAGUGUGCUGGUCUUGUUAACAGUUAUGCAGAUUGUGCUCGCAAAGUUAGGCAGCAGGUCAGUUCGGGAAACAAGUAAAUGCUUUAGAGGGAUUUUUCUGGUCAUAUACGCGAGUGCAAGCUGAUUUCCAAGAUUUUUGUAGCGGAAAAUAAACCAAUUAAUUGGUAUCCCCAUUUUUGGAUUGCUUGCAGUGUUUCUCAUACUGUCGCUAGAAUUGCACUGUCAAAGUCUUGAACUUUACAUGGCUGAACUGUUUUUUAAAUUCACGAGUGCAAGUGGAAUUGAUAGUAAGUUGGAAGUUAUCCUGUUAGCACUCA